CUCUUGUCCUGACAGGCUGAUCAAUCAGGAAUGAGGAGCUGCAUUCUUCAGAACACUUUCAAGAAAAACUCGGAGGAAAUGGCAUUCAAGUCUGGGACGUGUUUAGCCUUUUUCUUUCUCCUGGCUAGUUUGGCUGUCAUCAUAACUAUAUCUGUGAUCCAGGGUCAUAAACGUAUCUUUGAGUCACGUCUUAAGUAUGGCAUAGUGAUCGACUCGGGUUCAUCUCGAUCCACUGUGUAUCUAUAUCAGUGGCCAGCUGAGAAGGAGAAUAACACAGGGGUGGUUACCCAGAGACUGAGAUGCUCUGUUGCUGGCCCUGGUAUCUCUGAUAUGUUAGUUGAUCCUGCACGGGACAAACUAUCCUGGACAUCAAUCAGAGAAUGUAUGAACAACGUCACAAAAAUAGUCCCCGCAGCCCAACACAAUUCAACCAUCCUCUACCUUGGGGCAACCGCUGGCAUGAGACUGCUACAUUCACAGAAUGAAACAAUGUCCAAUGAGAUCUUGGGAAACCUUCAGAACUACCUCCAGUCUCUGCCUUUUAACUACCAAAAUGCCUCCAUCAUGUCAGGGGAUGAGGAGGGGCUGUAUGGCUGGAUCACGGUCAACUACCUCAUGGGAAACUUCUUGGAGAAAAACAUAUGGAACACAUGGGUGCGGCCUGCAGGAGGGAAGAUGGUGGGUUCCAUGGAUCUAGGGGGGGCGUCCACCCAGAUAGCGUUCACCCUCCCAGAUCCCACUGCCAGGGGAACGGACAUCGUACAGGUCUCCCUCUACGGCUAUGAAUACAACAUCUACACCCACAGCUUCCUGUGUUACGGGAAGAAUGAGGCAGAGAAAAGAGUCCUUGCUACCUUAGUGAAGAACUCUAAGAAUGCUACGCAUGUGAUAAAUCCCUGCUUCGGUCGUGGUUACAACACGACUGUGGCGGCUGAGUCUAUCUUUGGGACCCAGUGCACAGAGCUCCCUACCAACUACGACCCCAAGCAAAUGAUCACGCUGGUGGGGUCAUCAGACAAUGUAGCCUGUAGGGAUGUAGUGCACGGCAUAUUUGACCUGACAUCCUGCACGGACAACUGUUCCUUUGACGGAGUCUACCAACCACCCGUCGGAUCUGGGGACUUUCUGGCCUAUGCUGGGUACUUCUACACUGCUCAGGCUAUCGGGCUUACCAGCAUUUCACAACUGGACCAGUGGAACUCCACAACCUGGGAAUUCUGUUCAUGGGAUUGGCCCACCCUCAAGCUAAAAAAGAGCUGGAUAUCUGAUAUAUACCUGAAGUCCUACUGCUAUUCAGCACAUUACGUCCAGACUAUACUUGUGAAUGGCUACAAGUUCAAUAAAGACACUUGGAAAAACAUUGACUUCCAAAAACAGGUACAUAAUACCAGUGUAGGCUGGAGUCUGGGCUACAUGCUGCAUACAUCCAACAUGAUCCCUGCAGAGGCCAAGCUUGUGCGUCUUCCCAUGGCCAACUCUGUGUUUGGUGGCCUUCUCUUCCUCUUCACUGCCCUCACCAUUGUCAGUGUCAUGUUCCUGAUUAUCAAGGCUGUGCGUGCAUGCUACUAACUCCCACUAGAGGGCGAUGUAGUCACAUUAAAAUUGCACCUCCUGGUUGGAAGAUUCCUGGAUUCAGGGAAUGGAAAUGAGCAGGUAAUCUCUCCAACCAGGACCACUCGGGUAAAAAUAUGAAUUUUGGUAAAGUAAUUUUUCAACCCUAACACAUGAAGUUGCUUCUGGCCAGAAAGAGUAACAGCAGGUUACAAAAGGACACAGAUAGGUACAACCUACUAUCUUACAAUUUCAUGAUUAUCAGUUCAUUUGUUUAAAGGAUCUCCAUUUCACAUGUUUGAGUGUUUUCAGUGACAAAAAGAUACACUUGAGGUUUCAGUAAUACAUUAUAAGAUUGUGUUCUGUGCCUUAGGCAUGUCCCAAAAAGAGCAUACUGGGAGAUUCUCUGACUUCCAACACUCAGUUGGUCUUUAAAAUCUGAUAAAAGGGAAUUAUUAAAUGCAAAAUAUCUGGUAAGAAGAAAGUGAUCCCUUUUGCACGUGCCCAUAGACACUACUGUAGAUCUGUAUCUUAAAGUAAGGUUAAAAGUAGCAUGAUAAAAAACCUUAGUUGGAUGGCAUUAUUGGUUAUGUGGUCAUGGACAUCUACCUCUUUUGCAUGUUUCUACUCAGAUAAACAAUACCAUUAUCUGCAAAUCCUUGUCAAAAAAUAAUAGCUGAAUGUUACAUAAUACCAUUAAACUUAAUAUUACUAAUUGUUACAUCUCCAGCUGUAGUUUCAAGGGGGUUGCAAAAUGUAUUUUAAAGUGAUGAAAAAUGUAAUAAUUUAAAUUCUUCAAGACAUUUUGAUACAGUGAUGGGUAGCAUUUUGUUUUUGUGCUUUGCUUUUUUCAUCCAAAAAACCAGACAUUGACAUAGAGGGUGUGUAGCUAUUUUCCAUGGUAGUUUACAGUACAUGUAUGUUCUGGAUAUAAGUUGAUCAAGGAGGAGAGAAUAACGUUCGCCCAGCUUAUUAACAUCUCAAUCACUAAUUUGUUUCCGGCUCACAGAGAGAGGACAAAGGGGAGAGGAUUUAGGAUGAACUUUCACCAAAUAAUGGAACCCUGUGGUGUUCUACUUCCUCCUCUAAUCUGUGGCCGAUAGCCCUAUGCAGAACUGCCUGGCACAUAAGAACUAUAAAUCAAGCAGAGAGUUGAGUGGAGACAGAUGGAUGAGGUUGACUAAGUCAUUGUGAUGAUGAGCCCUUUACAAUUAGUUAGUUCAUGCUGACCACUAGCCAGCUGGGCAACAACAGCAACACAACACCAGUUAAACCUUGGAACAGGAAGAUGUUUAUUACAAUGGGCACAGGAGAAAUAACCUGUAGUAUGGUCCCCAUCUGGAUGUCUCGGUGACAUCCCAAUGACCUAACUUAAAGAUGCAAUCUGCGAUGUUUGGCCAUUGGUUGUAAAAGUGUCAAUGUCGAGCCGAAAAGUGUCCCUGAAACAUGUAUGUGCCAAUCUGUUUCCAAUGUCAUCACAACCAGUUGCUUUCAAACUCGGAAUUUCAUGGCUAGCGAAGGUGUCAUCGUGAUUCCACUAAUAUAUUUUGCACAUAUAAAGAACAUAUUACACAUCCAGACCAAAAGGGGAGUUUGAUACGGAAAAUGUCCCAGACUGCAUAAUGACGAACCAUUGGGAUUAUCGCCUCCUUAGAUAGACAGGAGACAGUUUAGCUUCAUCCACUCACAGGUGGCCAGUGAUCCUUUGCUUUUCAACAGGUGUGACUACCCUCUUAGAAUCUAGGUCACAGGGAACUGUGAAACUGAUGUCAAUGUGCUGCUGCUAACAGUUUAGCUUCAUCCACUGACAGUACACCUAACCCACUUGAGGCACGAACAAGUGAUGACAACAGUCCAAUUGGAUAGCUCCAACUGUGACUAUUCAAGUUAGCCGUGGAAUAACUUACCCCAAAUGUUGCAACUCCGUUACUUAUUCUGUAGCUAACCAUGUGUAAGGUAUGUCAGUCUCCCACAAUCUGGUCUAUAUGAGAAAAACAUUUAAUCUUCUGUACUUAUUAAUUAACCCAGUAAAUGCAGAACAUUUUUGAUGAGGCCUUGUUAAAGUAAAAAAGUGGUCUUUCCAUUUCCCCUGUAAACUAGGGAUACUGUGUAUAAUAACCAAAAUGUUACAUUUGUUCCAUCCCACAUGUUUAGAUUUCAAGAGGAUAUCAGCAUACAAAGUAAAUAACUUGUAAACAAAUGUUAUCGAAAUGGGUAAAGCUGCACAUUACUGUGUUCUGAUUGUCUGCACUUCUCUUUACGAAUGAACUAAUACAUCCCCUUAUGGAGAAUUAUAAUACAUGUUAUUUGGCUCAGAUAUUUUUUUAUGUCAUUUCUCAGCGACCCUAGGUCAAGCACUAGGCUACCAGAAGGGGGCAGUCCUUAACCAUGAAAAUGUACAUACAUUCAGUCUUUAAAUCCAUGCAUAGUUGAAUAGAGUCUCAUCUUCAGAGAAAACACAUUGUGUGUUCUUUGUCUCUGAAGAGAAUACAAGACCAGCCGGAGGCAUUUUCAAGGGAAAUGAAGCCCAUCCAUUGUGCAUGCUUUUUAGUCCAAGUCUAGGCCUGGAAAAUGUUCCUUUAUGUUAUUUGUUUUUGGUAAGUCCUAAUUGGUAAGUGGUCCCAUUUUGAUCUAGGGUUGACCAUACUCCUUUGCAGGGAAUGGAUACUUUUAAGUGCAAGCACAUUUUAAACUGAAUAAUGUCUUAAUUAAAAAGCAAAAUUAAUUGUU